UCUGUCCCCCAGCAGUACCUCCACACUGCUCUCAAACUGUGAAAAAGAGUUACGGAGUGAGGAGUGCUCUCCUUUAUCUGCAUAUGCUUGAAUUCUAUAGCAUUUUAUGUAUUUUUCAUACAUAAUUAUUCAUUUUUAUAGAUUUUUUAUACUGCACCUGACAGAUCAGUGGAUAUUUUGUUAGUUGCAUGCAAAGUAAAAACAAAUAGGAAAUUUCUCGGAAAAAGCUUGAUUUGCAUGAAGACAUGACAUUCAUCUGUGACGAUAAGAGGAAAUACCCAGAGGAAUGGCAUCGUGGGAAAAAGUGCCCCUCAGAAGGGAUGGACAACAACGAAGUAGAAAGGUUCUUUAAAAGAUGGAGCGCACAGGGGGAGAGGCGGUACGGGAUGGGGGAGUGGGGGGGUGGCAGAGGGACAUAGGAUGGCGUGAGGACCGAGGCCGGUGGUUGGUUUGAUCAGAGCCACGUGUGCGUCCAGCCACAUUCUCUUUGCCGCUUCGUGGAUGUCGAUGAAACGUUGGCUUCCGCUUCUAUGUUGGCUCAGGUGAACCGAUAUAAGGUGAAAUGAGAGUCCUUGAAGAUGAACCCACGCUGUUUUGCUUCAGUCCAUUUUCCAGUGAAUUUACACCUCAACAACUAAUGUCAAGCCAUCCAUGAACCAGGCACUCAGCUGCUUAGUGACUGGUUCUACUGGAUAGAUCCCAGAUAUGAAUUCCUUUGAUCACCGUGAGGCAGAACAGUGCUUGGCCAUAGAAAAAAACUACUAAUAUACAGUGAAUGCUGUAUAACAUGUUAAAGUGAAAACACUGGAUCUGCUGGCAAUGUCAUCACUCUGCUCUGUGAUAUUGUUCAAAAAGGGGUUUGGGUUAAGCAACAUGCUCUACCUGCACAACACAGGACAGCCAUGAACUCUGCACCAUCGCCCUCUCUAUGCUCCACCAUGAGUGCAACUAUAAGCUGAUAGUAUGUGAUCAGAAGCGUUGUGGCACAUAGGAUCUUGCUGGUUCACAACCUCAAAAAAAACAACAACAUCCUACUGAACCUGGAUUUUACAGUCUAUUGUGAAAAUGGCAGAAGAAGGUUUCAGCACAAACUACACAGAGGACAACAAGCUCCUGACACCUGAUUUCCCAACAUCAUCACUGGCAUCCCUCCAUAUCAAGGACGAGGCUGUGGUCACCAAUGAAAGUACCAUCUAUACGGGAGUUAAUCCUGAGUCCCAUUCUGUAUUUCCUGUGACAAUGUCAUCGCUGAGCAAUCAAUCACAACAACAAACAAAAAAAUCCAUUGAUUCAAGGCCUGAGACUUCACCAGCAUUUCAAGAGUUCUUGGAGUCCGAGAUGGGACAAAAUGACAGGGAGGCUCAGUCUCGCACCCUAACAACACUCCUGCAGGACCCUUCUUACCAUGUUGAUCAUGAAACGUUUCCUGCCAUAAGAAACAACGUCGCAAAGGAAGGAGCACAUCAACCCAAGCACAAAACUACCAAAGCCAUGGCGGCAUGUAACUGCAGUGCUGAUAACAAUCAGCUGUCAGAUGCAGAGUGGUACUGGGGAAACAUUUCACGAGAGGAAGUUAAUGAGAUGAUGAAAAACACUCCUGAUGGCACCUUCCUGGUUCGAGAUGCUUCCAAUAAGAAUAAAGGAGAAUACACUCUUACGCUAAGAAAAGAUGGCUCCAACAGACUGAUAAAGAUUUUUCAUCAUGGGGGGAAAUAUGGCUUUUCCGAGCCACUGGCCUAUGACUCUGUGGUGGAGCUAAUCCAGUACUACCAGAACAAGUCACUAGCCCAAUACAACGUUAAACUAGACACAAGACUACUGUACCCCAUUUCAAGAUACCACCAGGCUGUGAUGGACAUUGACAUUGAUGCAGUUGGAGAACAACUGAGGAUAUUUCAGCAACAAUUUAAGGAGAAGAGUGAAGAGUAUGACCACCUAUUUAAAGAGUUUAACCAAACCUCACAGGACCUGCAGAGUAAGCGGACGGCCAUUGAAGCUUUCAGUGAAAUAAUUCGAAUCUUUGAAGAGGAGUGUGAAACUCAAGAGAGAUACAGCAAAGAAUACAUUGACAUGUUCCUUACUUUGGACAACAGCACAGAGACUGACAAGAUUCAAAGUAACCCAGAUGAGCUACAGUCAAAGGUCGAGGAGAUCCACAACAGCAAGAAAAAGCUUGAGGAAGAACUCUGGAAGAAGGCGCUGGUUCAUAUGGAAGUCGACAAAAAAAUAAACAGCCUGAAACCUGACCUUGUGCAGCUCAGAAGGAUCAGAGAUCAAUAUCUGCUAUGGCUGAGCCAGCAAGGCACUAGGCAGAGCCAAAUUAACGAAUGGUUGGGUAUGAAGAAUGAAGACGAAGACCCAUACACCCUAGCGGAUGACAUGCAUCAGGAGGAAAGCACCUGGUAUGUUGGUUGUAUGAAACGAAGGGAAGCAGAAGAACUGCUGAGGGGAAGGAGGGACGGCACCUUCCUAAUCAGAGAUAGUCAGACUCAGAGAGGCUCAUUUGCCUGCUCAGUUGUUGUGGAUGGGGAUGUAAAGCACUGUGUGAUCAACAGGACGUCCACAGGAUAUGGCUUCGCUGAGCCCUACAACUUGUAUUCAUCACUCAGAGAGCUAGUUCUCCACUACCGACACACAUCCUUGGUACAACAUAACCAGCAGCUGAAUGUAACUCUGGCCUGGCCCGCUCUCAGCCAGCAGCCCAGCUGAGACACACCAGCACACUACCUUAUGGCACUUUCCCAAAGCGUCACUGUGUUCACACUUAAGACACACCAAUAAGGACACUGAUACCAAGCUUGAACUAAGCUAACGGAUAGUUUUGUCAGAAUACAAAGACAAGACACAAAAUAUUUACAAGAGAUCUAAAUAAAAAAACAGGUCACAACACUGCUAUGAUGUAACAGCAGAUUACAAGUCACCAAAGUAGAUUUAUGCUUAAUUAGGAAUGUCAGCAAUUAUUACCACUAGUUAAAGUCUCAUUUACUUAAUUAUUGCCCAUGGGUCACUAAAUCCUCUGAGACUGUAUUGAAAUUAAAACAGUGAUUCUCAACAGUGUAGGGAUUUACAAACGCGACAACCUAUGGCAACCCAUUCCACUAGUUUCUAUAAAUCAUAUACAAUAAUAGACAUUCAUAUGAUAUGAGUAGUUCAUAUGAGUAGUGCGCUGUAUAAAUUUUAUCCUCCAAAUCAGGCACUAAAUAUUUAAGAACAAGCUUUUAAAAAACUUAAUCAAUUAUCUAGAUCCAUCUCUUUUGCUGUGGCCCUUAUUGUUUUACUGUUGACUGAUCAGCAAGUAGUGAAGAAAAGACACUGAUUAGGCUUUUAUUAAGUAGUUUUCUGUGUCCUUCAUAAAUAUCUUAAAAUAAAAUAAUGAGCUCAGGAUGGGAUUCUGCACUAACCAACGCGUCUUCAUUAUGGUUAAUGUUAAAAUGGAGAAGACUCAUAAGCACUUUAUUCAAAACAAAAUUACACAUAGACACAGAGUUCUGUGUAUGCACUAUUACAAUUUCAAAUGUUGAUAUUACGGGCGGAAAACUUUUAUUUAGGUAGUAUUUUCUUGCACACAUUUUACAUUACAUUGAGUAUUUGUGUUGCUUUGCCAUGUCUUCAUUCAGCAAAUAGGACAUCACUGCAAAUGAGUAAUUUAUUUCUACUUCACAGAAAAGUGAAUUGAAUAAUAUAGGCAUUGUCAUGAACUCAAGCAUUAACAACUGAAAUUUCUGAAUUGAAAAAAGAAGAUUUGAAACAGGCAAAUACUGCAAUUCUAAGGCGCAAGCAGUGUGAUAUAUUUAUUACGGAAAAUACUUCACAUAUGUAAUCUAAUCUGUAGAUUACAAAUCUAUGAUAUCUAUCUAUCAAAUCUAUAAAUUAAUAUAAAAGUCAUAUUUUUAGAUUGGUUAAUGACUUAUUUACUGUUUUAACCUAUUUUCAUAGUCGUUUUUUAGAUGGAGUAAUCUCUCAAAACUAUGACAAGUGUUCUGUAGCCUAAUGUGGAGUGAUAAUAUGCUGUAAAAGUCGUACAGCAGUUCUGUCGGAGAAAGUCAGAAAAGUGCCUUUAAGUGAUUUUGUUCCAGUCAUUAAAUUAUUCUUGUAGACAACAAUUUUCUGAGGAAUCAAAUGCUGAGGUUGUGUUUAGCUGGAUAUAAGUCUACAAUAGCACACGUAAACUCAAAGAGGGACUACUGCUAUAAAUCUUUAUAUUUAAAACUAUAAAUCUAAAACUAUACAUAAUCAUCAAAUCAAACAGACCAUAUUCCUGUGUUCUUUGCCACAUUGAAUUUGUAUCAAUUAGCAAGAUAAGAUAUAUAAAUGAAAAAGAUUUACAUCUCAGGAUUUAAAAAUGUAUAUGAAUUUUGUUACAAUAUCACAAAGACAGAGGCUCAUAAUUAUGAUGGUCUUGGAGUUGCAUAAACAUUUAUUUUAUUGUUUAGUGGAAAACAAAGAAAUAAAAACAAUAAAAACAUACAUAAAAAGCUAGUGUUAACACAGCAUUCAGCAUUCUACAGUAAAUAGCAGAACUGACCAAAGAAGUUAAAUUUAUCAGGCCUGCUAGCAUACAGUAGGUAGCUUAAAGGUUACCAUCCAAAAGCUGGUGCAAUUCCUGUAAUGGUGGACCAAACUGUGUCUGUUACCAUAACAUCUAUUUAAAUAAGAAUCAUUUCUUUAAAGUGUUGGCACACAGACACAGACAUUGUUUUCUUCUCUUUAAGUAUGAGGUAUAUUCAAAAUAGUGAAUUACAAAAAUGAAAUUUUUAAAUUGAAGUCUAACUAACACAGGGAAUCCUGUGUGUUCGUUUUUUUUACUGGAGACAAUGUGGUGCAAGUAUUUUAGAGGACAAAUACAAUGUCCUUGCAAUAUGGCAUUGGCAAAUAAAUUUUUAGUAACAGUACCAUAAAAAGGAAUAGUCUUACAUAUUCCUCUUUUACCUAAGUUUGAUUAAAGUAUUUAUCUUUAAAUGUAUGUAUGUUUGUUUCCCUGUCUAGGAGCACAUUUAAAUAGACAUCUCUCCUAUCUGUAGCAGUGAAAAGGUGUAAAUGUUCGCAUGCCAGCAACAGAUUAGAUAGGUAUCUGUAAGCAACGUACAGUAUUACAAAUCACUGACAUUUAGGCUGGUUACUGUUACUAUACAGUAAGUUUACUAUCACCUUUAGAACAUAUAUUAUACCUUUUUGCUUAGGUUUUGUCAUUGGUGCUAGGCUUGCUGUACUUUUUCUUAAAUGCACUUCCCUGACAUCAAGUCACACUCACAGUAUGAAUAGUGCUGUAGCAUUACUCAAAGAAUUUCUCAUUAUACGUGCUCUGUGUGUCAUACUUCUGAGAACAUCCCUCAAAAAUACGGUCUAACAUACAGGUAAAAUUCCUGAUGAUUGCAUCGUUCGUAAUGUGAAAAUAAAUAGUAAAUAAAAUAAAUAAAUUACAUUUAUAACAAAAUUCAUUAAGGAACACAAUCAAUUUAGGAUAAAUUUUAGGUUUAAAGCUUUUAUUCCAGUUUUGUAAUGCUACUGGACAAAAGUACUACUACACUCCUGUAUAUAAAGGCCUGAAAAGAUUUGUAAUUACAGCAGUGUAGUCUAUUUAACAUGCAUUGUGCAUACAUGCAUUGAAAAAAAAGAUGUAAUGCAUGCAGCGUCCACCAGCGUCUGAAAGUUAAAUAUGAAACUGUAAAGCGUCUAUUACUUCUUAUUUACGAUAUAUGUUUUGCACACAACAUGGUACAACAUGGUAAAUUUAUUUAUUUAUUGUUGUGAAUACUACAAAAUAUUAUUUAUGUUAUAGAAUAAUAGAUAAUUAAUUUUUUACCAGGGAAAUUGAAUCCCUGCUCCUUAAAGUUUAGAUUAAAAAGCAUAGUAUUUGCACAUAAGUAUCUCAUGUGGAGAUUCUAUGAUACUACUACAUAUAUCUGUGAAUAGCUACACUGUUACUGAAGCAGGUGGUGGUGCUAAAUUUUGAGAUGUUGCUGAAGAGAUUGUUACAGUAUGUUGGACACCUGAUAAAGCACUAAAAUGAGUUUUUAAAACCCUUUCCUUUUUUAAUGAGCUGACCUCUUAAUAGUGUUUAGCUGUGAAAAGUUAGAUAUCCUAGUAUUUUUUAGUUUUUUGUGAUCAGUGUGUUAUUUUCUGUCAUGACCGUUUAAUGGUUUUUUUUCAUCAUGUAAACACUGCGCAAAACAGCAAAACAAAAUGAAAUCCAGAAGUACUGAAAACAUGUUUUAAAAUGAUUACCAUUUUGCAGGAAAACUGUCUCAUGUCAUACAAAGUGUGUCUUGAUGUACUUAUGACUGCAGAAUUUUAAGUUACUGUAAAAGAUAAUGUGUUACGGCAAAAAACUGAUGCAACUGUUUGUUUUAAAAUUGAAUUUGGUAAAAAAGUAGUUGUGUAGUUAUACUGUAGUAUUAUUCACAGCUACAGUAUAAUGAAUAUUGUUAUUUGGACUAAAAGCAGGUUAAGGUUUUACUUCCACAACUGUUCAUGUAGAUAUAGUAAGAUUUGUUGUCUCUAUAUUUGUUGAAACUCUGCUAGAGUCUAUGUUUUGUGGCAUGGAAUAUUAAAUUAGUCUAAGCAAAACCAUAAAAACAGCUAGAAACAUUUGUUUGAGUAAACAAAAUAGACCUAUUUGGAUAUCUUUAGAAAUAAUGUUCUGUAAGAAGCAUCUGCACCAAUAGGUACAGUACAGUGAUGUUAGAGUUGGAUUGAUGUUAGGUUUAAUGUCCUGAAAGAUGAUAAGAUAAUUGAUUGUCAUAAAGAAAUAACAUUUAUAUAAAUGUUAUAUUUUGGUUCUUGGAGGGUGUGAAGGAAGUGGCUAUGAAGGUACAGUAGGUUUGAUGUGAGAGCUGAGAAGAUUUGAACUUGAGUACGUAUUGAACUGGUUUCAUAUUUGGUUUUGAUGAAACAUUGGUUGCAGUUAGGGUCAAAAAGAAUGAAGCUUGUCACAGAUAUAUGCAUUUGCAGACUUAUUAAAUAUCUUCUAUAAUUGACAUUAUUCCAAUUUCAUGCCACAACACAUUGGAAGCUAACAAACGUUUGUUAAAAGUAAACCACAUCAUUUUGUGAGUGCUGUUUGUUUUCCAUUUCACACUGAGUUAGAAGUUGUUCAUUAUCAACAUCAAUGUUUAAAAUUCAAGGACAUUACAUAGUGUAUUUAGAAAUAUUUUCUUUAGAAAUGUUUUGCUUAUAUUUGAGCUGUGGAUAUGAUUAAAUACCUCUACAUCACAAUCACUAUAGUUUCUAUAAAAAUUAUGUUCCUGUAACUUUUUGUUUUUAAUUGUGGUUGUAUGGAUUUGAUUUCUUUAAUGAAAUGCAUUUAGCUGCCCUUGGUUGAUAGCCUAUUGUUAUGAAAAAAUACUUUGCAAAAUGUUCAUUUACUGUAUUUAUUAUGCAAUAACAAAACAGUAUUCCAUUUUACUUGGCAGUAAAGUAGCUUGUGUUUCUUUUAGGUGUCAUAGAUAAAGAAAAUUAUCAUUAUCAAACAUGUUUGAUGAUGUAAAAUUUGAACAACUUACAUGUAUGCACUUUCAAAUCCCUAAAUAAAAUUGAGGUCGUUA